CGUACUGGCACGUUUUAUAAAACAUUAGAUUGUCAAUGUCUUAACUAAGUGACAACACCCCUAGCUCUUUAAUUGUCAUAACAAUUUUGGCAGUUUAAAUCCGAUAUGGACGUUUGACCUUACAAAACUAAAUUUCGUGUUAUUUUUUCUUGUGUUGUGUUCGUGUUAAAAUUUUCAGUAGAAGUGUACUUAUUGGUGUCAUGUCUUCUACUCUGAUCUUUGUGGGGUACCCGGAGGAUGCGAAAAGUGUGAUUACAAAAGUGCCGAACGCGCCGAAGAGCUGCAUCGCGGAGAUCUUCAGCGCGGACGCCACGGACAGCAGCCCCGUGAGGAACGGCAACGUGCGCCCGCGCGCCGUGCGCGACACGCCCACCCGCCCGCGCGACACGCACUCCAGGCUCUUCGGACAGACGGCCUCAGCCCACGUGACCCCCAUGGUGACCGACACCAUCCGCAGCAACAUCAAGUUCGGCGAGCUGGCCGUGAACGGCGGCAGCCCCGCGCACUCGCCCAAGACCAACGGCAGCGCGUCCUCCACGCCCAGCCGAGGUGAGACGGACGCCGGAGACCACUCAUCGUUCACGCCGCCCAAGAGGAAUCCAGUGACCGGAGACGGGGUGCAGCUGCUGCCCACGCGCCGCCGGCACCCGGCCGCCGCCCAGCGAGAAGGCAACCCGAUCACCGGUGACGGGUACAAGUCGCUGAACGGGCAGAUCAACACCGUGACGUGCCUGCAGGGCUCCAGCAUCAUCAACCACAACCGCGUGCCGCCUGGCGGCUUCUCCUCCGGUCUCUGGUAGACCGCCCCCGCACUCUAAUUCCACAUAUUUUACGGUCUACCCCCUUGUCGGACAAAGACAAACAUUUUGUAAAAUAUAUAAGGUUAUUUCAUAUUCUUCAAAACUUCCUUUUAAACUCCGACAAAGAAACAUUGUGCGGUAUCCACAAAAACAGUAACGUGUAGUCUUGUUCGGGAUUCUUGAAGAAUAAGGAAUAAUCUUUAUACAAUACUGCAGUUUUCAUGCAUUUAUACUCAUAAUUCCAUUAAUCAACUAAAUUUCAAUGAUUAUCUGGAUAUCACCUUAAUUACCAAAUUAUAAUUAUGAAUCACAACGUCCAUUUAAAACAGAAAGGGUAUAUGUUGUUAAAUAAAUCCUUAGCCUAUCCCAUAAAUGUUUACUUUUCGAAUAAUUAAGCAUAGAUGAUUAUAGAUAUUUUUGUAAUAGUAACGUUAUUUCGAUAGAUAAAAAUGCUAUAGAUUCGUAGUGUGGUACCUUUGACCUAAUAAUAACCAUGAAAUACUUAUGUCAAUAACAAUGUUUAGUUCAUUUUUGCGUUGGAAUUGAUAAUAAAAUACAUAUUUAUUGUAAUUUCAAAGGUCGAUGCAGACUUAAGAAGUUGGAAAUUAUACUCUUGACAUUUGAAUAAUAAUUUUAACACAUUGAUAUUAUGAACUAGGAGUGAGGAUACGUAUCAGCAAUAUACCAAAACGAAUAGUGCCUUGAUUGGAAAUGUGGUGAAAUUCUAUAAGAAUCUGUGUGAGAUUGAGUAGGCAUUAACGUAAAGACAGUGAUUAUAUUAUCUAUACUUCACGGUAUAGAAAUAGUAAUCAUACGGCACUCGGGCUAAAUGAUACAAAUUAUAUUAUAUCUUAACUUAAACUUUAAUAUUUGACACUAAUUAAGAGUCCUUCAUCUCUUUUGUUAAAUUUUAUUAUCGUAUUACCUAAUUUAAUAAAUAGAGGGUUUAUAGAUUGCAUUUAUUUUGUCUUUACAUGAGUUUAUUUUUUUUAGUUUAUUUUCUACGCGUUUAGAAAUAAAAUGUAAGAAGAUGUUGAAUUUUGGUCGAUUAUCUGUUAACAAAAUUGGUGAUUUUAAGGACCAUAGUUUUGUAGAUGAAUAAGUAGUGGUGAUGUUUUCUAUAAGCCGUAACCACUUAGUAUAGGCAUAUCAACUUUGUAAAAAACGUUUUAAUAUCUAUCUAACCUGAACGCAUAAUCACAGGCCUAAUUAUAACAAAACUGUUAAUAGAUAAUAACCAUUAUUUGAAAAUAAAGUUUUUUUAUUGAU